AUGGAAUCGCUGGCCGAAAACCAAGACGAUUUGUCUCCAGUCCCAUACCUUGUUUCUUCAGGACGCACCUCCACUUCGACGACUGGCCGUAAGAGCUUCGGUGAUCUUUUCAAUAUCUCUCAACGAUUAAGGCAAAACUCGGAGCCCCCGAUUCCCCGUCAUGGGUCCCCUAGCCUCGGUGGCGCAUCAACUCCGAUUUCGAAGCCGGAUUUACCACCCAUUCCGAAGAAAGAAGAGGGCGAUACACCCGCUAGUUAUCUGGUCAAACUCGAACAAACUAUACCUCGAAACUUGCUUGGAGGUGUGCUUUCCCAGUCGGGCGAUGAGUUCUUCAAGGUUACUCUACGAAAGUACAUGAGAUCCUUCUCCUACUUUGGUGAUCCGAUUGACAUGGCCAUCCGAAAACUCUUGAUGGAGGUGGAACUGCCAAAGGAAACACAGCAGAUAGACCGAUUUUUGCAAGCGUUCGCCGACCGAUAUCAUGAGUGCAACCCGGGGAUUUUUGCCACCACAGACCAAGCUUACUUCAUUGCUUUCUCGAUAUUGAUUCUCCACACCGAUGUAUUCAACAAGAAUAAUAAGCGGAAGAUGCAGAAACCCGACUAUGUCAAAAAUACUCGUGGUGAGGGCGUGUCUGAUGACAUCCUUGAAUGUUUCUAUGAAAAUAUCGCCUAUACGCCGUUUAUUCACGUGGAAGAUGCCAAUUUGCACGAUCGUCAUCUGACAAAACCCCGUCGCGCAUUGUUCAAGAGCACAAGCACCGAAAAUUUACCCCGAGUGGCACGGGAUCCACUUGAUCCAUACACACUGAUCAUGGAUGGAAAACUUGGGGCAUUGCGCCCAAGUCUGGGAGAUGUGAUGGAUCUUGAGGACUCGUACAGCCACUUUGGAUCCGCUGGCCCGCCAGAUAUGGAUGACUUGCACCAAGCUUUUACCAAGUCAGGAAUUUUGCAAAUCAUUUCCGCGCGUUCUCGCCCUGAUGCUUUCAUGCAAACUAGUCUUAACAACCCUGGAGAGUCAAACCCGGGUCUGGUUGAUAUCAAGGUAGCGAAGGUUGGCUUACUUUGGCGAAAAGACCCGAAAAAGAAGCGGGCUCGGUCACCUUGGGCCGAAUGGGGCGCGGUUCUUACCUUCUCGCAGCUUUAUUUCUUCCGAAAUGUCAACUGGGUCCGGUCAUUGAUGGCACAACACGACAGCUACGUGAAGAACGGACGGACGGGCACUUUGGUCUUCCGGCCCCCGCUUGCCGAAUUCAAGCCAGAUGCGAUCAUGUCUACGAAUGAUGCUGUUGCUUUAUUGGACACAAGCUACAAGAAGCAUAAGCAUGCUUUCAGUUAUGUCCGUCACAAUGCACUGGAAGAGAUAUUCCUUGCGACAUCCGAACCGGAGAUGAACGAUUGGCUUGCCAAGCUUAAUUAUGCCGCAGCAUUCAGGACCACUGGAGUCCGCACAAAAGGCAUGAUCGCCACAAAUUACGAGGGUCAGCGAUAUCGUACCAGCCAGCGGGCCGAUAAUGCCUCGCUCAACUCCCAAGAGUCAGCUGAGAAGGAGCCUCCAUCACCAAGCAUUGCCACCGAUAUUGUUGCAGAGUUUGUUGCUGCUCGCAGGGAACUAAUGAGCCAGAAAAUUCGCGAAACAAAUGAAAAGCUUUUUGUCACACAAAAGCAGCUUGAAGAACUUCUGCGAAACGCACGCCAUCUUCAAGUUUUGACCCCAGUCAAUCCUCGCGCCCGUGAGAACGUCAUCAUGGCUGCAGGACGCAUGGCAGCGAAGCUCAAGUGGGUUAGACAGGAUCUUUGGCGCAACAAGUGUUAUCGUGAGGUGCUUCUCCGGGAUCUGGGUGAACAUGAAAGCUUUGUUGAUUUGCAAGCCAAGUCAGUUUCUGACCAGACGGCAUCUGAAGAUGCAGCACGGCUUGCCUCCAUCUCGGGGCCUUCAGUGAUAUCCGAACCUGGUAUUGCCCAAGCUCCUAGUAUCAUUCACACGGCUUCUAUUCAUGAUACAAACGAACCCACUGGGGCACCAGUUGACCUGCCUGUUGAUCUUGAUUUUCUCCAUCAACCAUCGACAGAUGAGAUGCGUCGUCCAAGCCUCCCCGCCUCGACCACCUCAUCUGAUGCCCGUGUUGGCCGCCCACUUUCCAUUGCCGCUCUGCCAGACAAGCUAUCUGAAGGAUCAGCAAAUCAGCUAGAGCGUGAGUCUUCUGUUCUCAGUCGAAGUAGCAGAUUUGACGGGGCUAGUCUUGGCUCUCGGGCUUCUAAGCUCACCUCUCCAGUGAGCUUCGAUGAAGGCGAGGAACGGUUGCUCAGAGAAACAGGCUUAUUGGACCUGACUGGCUCGCCCAAGCCUCGGAAACAAUCCAGCAAUGUUCCCGAAUCAGAAGGCGAAGGCAAGCCAGAUGAGUCUUCGGAAGUUUCUCAGAGUGACAACAAGCCCAGCCGAGUACGACGCAGUCUUCACCGUACACUCCGUGAUUCGCACCAUCAUAUCCCUCGCCACCACUCCCGUGGAAAGAAGAACCGGGGUUCAAUAUCCAGUAUUCCAACCCUAGACGAUGACGAAAGUGUGCAGGAUGGUGAGGUACUGUCUCGUAAGACGCCUAGCUUCACCGUUCAUGGCAAAAAAGCAUCAGUUGUCACGUUUGGGUCUGAGUGGCAGAACAUGCCUCCCGAGGAACGCCUGAAGCUCCGCAAGCCAACCCCCCACGAAGAGCCGAGAGCCUCGGAGCCUGCUAUACUGAGCAGCGGUGAGUCGAUGACUUCACACCACACCCCAGGUGGCCGUCCUCACUCUAUCCGAAGUGCGAGCACGGCAACACGUCUCAGUCUCUGUAGUGAUGACGAUGAGCCCACCAUCGACUACUUCAAGGACGCCUACGAAACCUUUGGAGACCCACUGCCAAAGCUCAACACGGAUGCAGAUAUCUCGGUCCCACCCGAAGAGAAAGACCCCAACCAACGGUCAGAGAAUGACAAUACGCCCCGUCCAGCUUCAAGUUCUGGAUCUGUGAUAUUCGGUCCCCGCCUCACUUCACCCUCCGAAGAUAAAACCCCUCCCUCUACCAAUUCUUUUGGUGAACGAGCCGUGGAAAAGCCUUCUUCUGAAAAUCUACGGCAACAAGCUGUUGGCGCAUGA